CACUUGCUGCCACUCUCUCUCUCUCCACUGUGAUUUCGCUCCCUCUCUCUCUCUCUCACUUCUCGUCUGCUACAAUGCGGUUUCGCCGGAGUUAGACUUCUCUCUUCGGAGCCUGGAACUACUGGUUCGUGUUUGGAGGUCUCCGGCUUCAAGCUCGAUUCAGAUCUAAUACUUGCUAUUUAUGGUUAAGGAGAUGCUUCUUGAUGAUGUGUUUGUAGUUGGUGGUGGUGUUGGAGUUGCGAAUGCGAAGUGAAGUUAGCUCUAGGCUUUUGAAAUCGUUUUGAUCUGUCGAUUUGAGCGAUGAAUCGAAGCUUCAGGGCUCAAGAGAUGCAAAUGCAAGCUGCGGCUUUGAAGCAGAGGCAGCAGCUGAGGGCGUCGAUGAUGAAGGAGAAGGAGGAGGAGCUAGCGUUGUUCCUUGAGAUGCGAAAGCGCGAGAAAGAGCAGAGUAACCUUCUCUUCAAUAACUCUGAAGAGUUUGACGCUCCAUUAGGUUCAAAACCUGGCACUUCACCUAUAUUUAACAUUUCAUCAUCAACAACAGCUGUUCGAAAGGCUGGUGCUGAUGAUUUUCUCAAUUCAGAUAGCGAUAAGAAUGACUAUGACUGGCUUCUAACACCUCCUGGUACUCCUCUCUUUCCUUCUUUGGAGAUGGAAUCCCAAAAGACCAUUAUGAAUCAGAUUGGUACCCCAAAGGCUCGCCCUACUGCUCUGAAAUCUAGGUUAGCAAAUCCCCAGCCAGAGCCAGCCACAAGGGGCGUAUCAAAACAACCUGCUUCAUCCCCUGGGUUGAAUUCUUCUGGUGUAGGGACUAGAAGGCCCUCAUCAUCGGGGGGUCCAGGUUCAAGACCUGCAACACCUACCGGGCGCCCAACACUAACUGGAGCAUCUAAACCCUCAAGAUCAUCAACACCUACUUCUAGAGCCACGUUGCCAUCAACCAAGCCCUCAGUUCCUGCAAAUAAGCUCACAGUUUCCACAACUAAGUCAUCAGCUACUAUGACUCGGUCCACUGUUAUCACAGCCAAGCCCAUAGUUUCGGCAACCAAGCCUGCAUCACCUACUUCAUCUGCAACCAAGUCAACAGUUCCUAGCCGGUCCUCCACACCAUCAAGGUCUACUGGUAGGUCUUCAACGCCAACUGCAAGACCCUCCAUACCUCCAUCGAAGCCCAUAUCAAGGGCAGCUACGCCAAGCCGUCGACCGUCCACCCCAUCAAGUGCUCCGAAUAUAUCUGCUCCUGUAAAAUCUUCACCUGCAGUUGGCAAGCCAAGUCCCGCUGUAUGCAGAAAUUCUGUGCCAUCACGCAGUGCUUCUCCAACAGUGAAAUCCAGACCUUGGAAACCUUCUGAGAUGCCUGGUUUCUCCCUUAACGCUCCACCAAAUUUAAGGACAUCACUACCUGAAAGGCCACUUUCAGCCACUAGGGGUAGGCCUGGAGCACCUAGUUCUCGGUCUGCUUCUGUUGAGCCAGGUCCUCCUGGGAGAAUACGGCGACAAUCAUGUUCUCCUUCAAGAGGACGAGCCCCCAAUGGUUCUAUGCAUACUAGUGGGAGCUCUGUUCCUGCAGUAAGUCGUGGGUACUCUAAGAUUACUGACAAUGUGAGCCCUGUUGUAAUUGGAACUAAAAUGGUUGAGAGGGUAAUAAACAUGCGAAAGUUGGUACCACCCAAACAAGAUGACAAACAUUCUCCUCAUGGUAACCUGUCUGGAAAGUCUUCUUCCCCAGAUAGUUCAGGUUUUGGAAGAACACUUUCGAAGAAAUCAUUGGAUAUGGCUAUAAGGCACAUGGAUAUAAGGCGAAGCAUUCCUGGUAAUUUGCGGCCAUUGAUGACAAAUAUUCCAGCAUCCUCUAUGUACAGUGUGAGGUCAGGUCCAACACGAAGUAGAACUGUUAGUGUUUCAGAUUCCCCUCUUGCCACGAGCAGUAAUGCUAGUUCUGAAGUUAGUGUUAAUAACAACGGUCUCUGUUUAGAAGCCACUGAAGUAGAAGAUGAUAAUGGAAGCGAGAAGGAUAAUCAGUCUCCUGCUAGCAUGCAUGGCAGGUGAUGGUCCGGAAUUUACACGCUAAAAAUUUAAACUGCUUUCCCAACAAUUCUCCAUACAUUAUUGUUUUAAACCUACAAGCCUUGACAGUUGGAAGAGAACCAAUUUCCAGGAGGAACCACCAGGGUUCACGCCUCUGAUAUUUCAUGUAAAGCUAAUGAGAUUUGAUCACUGUUAUGUAAUUGAAAGUCUUUGUAUUAUUAGGGAAAUCUGUUAGAUGCCGAACAUCUCCCCUUUUCAUCUUCAACACGGCAAAUUGUUGUGAAGUAGCUUUCAAAGUUUGAAUGUUUGCCAUAAAAAAACAUGUGAUCAACAUACCCCAUUCCCCAUACCCUAAGUUCCUGAUUGGAUUGAAUUUUUCUUCUUUAAAAAAAGAGAGAAAAUUUG